CUAUUUCCUUCCAUAGCCGCCGCGGCUCACAUACCUUCGGCUUUAUUCCUUAGGUCAAAGCUGAAAGUGAUUUUGGCUUGCUGCCUAAACCCUUAUUGAACCCUAAUUCCUGCACCAGUUUCCCUCACCUCAACGGCCAUUGCAGAACUAGGAUCAAAAUGUUGAGAAGAAACAUAAGGCUCAGGAAAGAGUAUCUGUACAGAAAGAGUUUAGAAGGAAAAGAAAGGUUGAUUCACGAGAAGAAAAGAAAGAUCAGAGAAGCCCUUGAAGAGGGUAAACCGAUUCCUACGGAGCUUAGGAAUGAAGAAGGAGACCUUCGACGAAUCAUUGACCUUGAUGAUGAACAAACUGCAGCCCUAAAAUCAGAUAUUGAUGAUGAGUAUUCAAAUGCAAAUGUUAGAGAUCCUAAAAUCAUGUUAACUACAUCUCGAGACCCAAGUGGUCCUCUUACUCAAUUUGUCAAGGAAUUGAAAUUUGUCUUCCCAAAUUCACAACGAUUUAAUCGUGGUGGACAGCUUAUUUCGGAAAUUAUUGAGACUGGUCGAGCACAUGAUUUUACAGAUGUUGUGUUGGUUAACGAGAAUCGUGGUGUACCAAAUCGUAUUAUUAUUUCACAUCUUCCAUAUGGGCCAACUGCAUACUUUCAAUUACUCAAUGUGGUCACAAGACAUGAUAUAAAGGAUAAGAAGGCUAUUGGGACAAUGCCCGAAGCUUACCCUCACUUGAUCCUUGACAAAUUUUCAUCCAAGAUUGGUCAAAGGACUGCUACGAUUUUGAAGCACCUGUUUCCAGUGCCCAAGGCUGACACGAAGCGCAUUGUCACUUUUGCCAAUCAGUCCGACUACAUUUCUUUCAGAAACCACGUCUAUGACAAACGGAAUCCAAAAUCUGUAGAACUGAAGGAGAUUGGUCCUCGGUUUGAAAUGCUAUUGUAUAAGAUCGAAUUAGGAACUUUGGAGCAGACUGAAGCACAGAGUGAAUGGGAGUAUAGACCUUACAUGAACACUUCAAAGAAACACAUGGUUCUUGGAGAAUAGUACUCCAAUAACUAAUUGUGAUGAACUAAGAAAUAGUAUAAACCAACUUGGAUUGUAGAAUCAAAAUGCUGCUAUUUUUUAUUUUUGGGUAUGAGAAUUUUCAAUGUUUUAUUAAAUAGAGAUUAUAACUACUGUAUUUUGCCUUCCUUUCAAAGGAAUAUCUUCCAUUUAUCAUACA